GAGCGGAGCGGCGCGGGGCAGUGUCUCCCUCUGUGGUCUCGGCCCCAUGGAGCCGGCGGCCUGAGGGCGGUGCGGCCGGCCCUGCUCCGACAUGCCCGCCGGGCCCUUCGGCGCAGGUGUUGUUUGGAUUGUAGCAUAGAGGCACUAUGUACUCAGAGUGGAGAUCCUUGCAUCUUGUUAUUCAAAAUGAUCAGGGUAAUACCAGUGUGCUUCACAGCUAUCCUGAAAACGUGGGGAGAGAGGUGGCAAAUGCUGUGGUGCGUCCUCUGGGACAAGCUUUAAUUACAUCAUCUGUUGGAAGUGAGAGCUUACUGAAAACAGACAAAGAAGUAAAAUGGACAAUGGAGGUGGUUUGUUACGGACUGACCCUCCCUCUGGAUGGAGAUACUGUGAAAUACUGUGUCGAUGUCUACACAGAUUGGAUUAUGGCUCUGGUGUUACCUAAGGACUCCAUUCCUUUACCAGUUAUUAAGGAACCAAACCUUUAUGUUCAAAGCAUUCUCAAACAUCUCCAAAAUCUCUUUGUUCCGAGGCCAGACCCAGGAUCAAGUCAGAUUAGAUUGUGCUUGCAGGUGUUGAAAGCUGUCCAGAAACUGGCUCGAGAAUCAACAAUUAUGGCAAGAGAAACCUGGGAAGUUUUGUUAUUAUUUCUUCUUCAGAUCAAUGACACUCUUCUAGCAGCUCCAACUGUGCAAGGUGGCAUUGCAGAGAAUCUGGCUGAAAAAUUAAUUGGAGUGCUGUUUGAGGUGUGGUUACUGGCUUGUACAAGGUGCUUUCCAACACCACCUUACUGGAAAACUGCCAAAGAGAUGGUGGCCAACUGGAGACAUCACCCUGCAGUAGUGGAGCAGUGGAGCAAAGUCAUCUGUGCCCUUACUUCCAGAUUGCUGCGUUUUACAUAUGGACCUUCAUUCCCACCAUUUAAAAUUCCUGAUGAAGAUGCUGGUCUGAUUCCUCCUGAAAUGGAUAAUGAGUGCGUUGCACAAACUUGGUUUCGCUUUUUACAUAUGCUGAGUAAUCCUGUGGAUUUGAGUAACCCAGCCAUUAUCAGCUCUACCCCCAAAUUUCAGGAGCAGUUUCUGAAUGUCAGUGGGAUGACUCAAGAGCUGAAUCAAUACCCCUGCCUUAAACAUCUGCCUCAAAUAUUCUUUCGUGCCAUGCGUGGGAUCAGCUGCUUGGUGGAUGCAUUCCUAGGCAUUUCCCGGCCGCGCUCGGACAGCGCUCCCCCCACGCCAGUGAACAGGCUGAGCAUGCCCCAGAGCUCUGCCACCAACACCACCCCCCCGCACAACCGCAGGCACCGGGCAGUCACUGUCAACAAAGCAACCAUGAAAACCAGCACGGUAACGACUGCACAUCCUUCCAAAGUGCAGCACCAACCCUCCUCGACUUCUCCACUCUCCAGCCCAAACCAGACAAGUUCUGAGCCACGGCCACUGCCAGCUCCCCGCAGGCCAAAGGUUAACAGCAUCUUGAACCUCUUUGGGUCCUGGUUAUUUGAUGCGGCGUUUGUUCACUGUAAACUUCACAAUGGAAUCAACAGAGACAGCAGCAUGACUGCUAUAGCCACUCAAGCUAGUGUGGAAUUCCGCCGGAAAGGAUCCCAAAUGUCCACAGACACAAUGGCUUCCAACCCCAUGUUUGAUGCCAGCGAGUUCCCAGACAACUAUGAAGCAGGAAGGGCAGAGGCAUGCGGGACACUGUGUAGGAUAUUUUGUAGCAAGAAGACUGGGGAGGAAAUAUUACCAGCUUACCUAUCCCGAUUUUACAUGCUUUUAAUUCAGGGUUUGCAGAUAGCAGAUUUUGUUUGCCACCCGGUUCUUGCCAGUGUUAUUUUAAACUCCCCUCCUUUGUUCUGCUGUGACCUGAAAGGGAUUGAUGUCGUGGUUCCUUAUUUCAUAUCAGCUCUUGAAACCAUCUUACCUGACAGAGAACUCUCAAAGUUUAAAAUCUAUGUAAACCCCACAGAGCUUAGAAGAGCUUCAAUUAACAUCUUGCUGUCUCUGUUGCCUCUCCCUCAUCACUUUGGAACUGUAAAGUCUGAGGUUGUCUUGGAAGGCAAAUUCAGCAAUGAUGACAGCUCAACAUAUGAUAAGCCAGUUACCUUCCUUUCCUUGAAGCUGCGACUUGUAAAUAUACUUAUAGGAGCUUUGCAAACAGAAACAGAUCCCAACAACACUCAGAUGAUACUGGGUGCAAUGUUAAACAUUGUUCAAGAUUCAGCACUGCUAGAAGCCAUUGGCUGUCAGAUGGAAACAAAUGGUGGGGAAAAUAACCUCUUCAAAAGCCACAGUCGUACCAACAGUGGCAUUAGCACUGCAAGUGGAGGCAGCACAGAGCCCACAACACCAGACAGUGAGAGACCAGCUCAGGCCCUUCUGAGGGAUUAUGCUCUUCAUACAGAUACAGCUGCUGGGCUCCUCAUCCGCAGCAUCCACCUGGUGACCCAAAGACUCAACUCCCAGUGGAGACAGGACAUGAGCAUCUCUCUGGCUGCCCUGGAGCUUCUCUCUGGACUGGCAAAGGUGAAGGUGGUGGUGGAUUCCUCUGACAGGAAGAGAGCCAUCAGCUCAGUCUGCAGCUACAUCGUGUACCAGUGCAGCCGCCCAGCCCCGCUCCACUCCCGGGACCUGCACUCCAUGAUAGUUGCAGCUUUCCAGUGCCUCUGUGUCUGGCUCACUGAGCACCCAGACAUGCUGGAUGAGAAGGAUUGUUUAAAAGAGGUUCUGGAGAUUGUGGAGCUGGGCAUUUCAGGAAGCAAAUCCAAAAACAGUGAACAAGAAGUGAAAUACAAAGGAGACAAGGAGCCAAACCCUGCAUCCAUGAGAGUGAAGGAUGCUGCUGAAGCUACCCUGACAUGUAUCAUGCAGUUACUUGGAGCAUUCCCCUCUCCCAGUGGCCCUGCUUCUCCUUGCAGCUUGGUGAAUGAAACCACCCUGAUUAAAUAUUCCCGUUUGCCCACCAUAAACAAGCACAGCUUCAGGUACUUCGUUCUGGAUAACAGUGUCAUCCUGGCCAUGCUGGAGCAGCCUCUAGGCAACGAACAGAAUGACUCUUUCCCCUCUGUCACGGUUUUGAUCCGGGGAACAUCUGGAAGAUUUGCAUGGGCCCAGCAGCUCUGUCUCUUGCCAAGAGGAGCAAAAGCAAAUCAAAAGACUUUUGUACCAGAACCUCGACCAGCUCCUAAGAAUGAUGUUGGAUUGAAGUACAGUGUGAAGCAUCGUCCCUUUCCUGAGGAAGUGGACAAGAUCCCAUUUGUGAAAGCUGACUUGAGCAUUCCUGAUUUGCAUGAGAUUGUGAACGAGGAACUUGAAGAGCGACAUGAGAAGCUGAGGAAUGGCAUGGCCCAGCAGAUUGUUUUUGAGACUUCCAUAGAUCAGAAAAGUGAAGAGGAGUGGAGGAAGAAAAGUUUCCCUGACCCCAUCACAGAGUGCAAGCCCCCACCACCGGCACAGGAGUUCCAGACAGCAAGGCUCUUCCUCUCCCACUUUGGGUUUCUCUCCCUAGAGGCACUGAAGGAACCUGCUAACAGUCGUCUACCUCCUCACCUGAUUGCACUUGACUCUUCUCUUCCUGGGUUUUUUGAUGACCUUGGCUACUUGGAUUUACUCCCCUGUCGUCCCUUUGAUACUGUUUUCAUUUUCUACAUGAAGGCAGGCCAGAAAACAAGCCAGGAGAUCCUGAAGAACAUGGAGUCUUCCAGAAUUGUUCAGCCACACUUCCUGGAGUUCUUGCUGUCUCUUGGCUGGUCUGUUGAAGUGGGGAAGCACCCUGGGUGGACUGGUCAUGUCUCAACAAGCUGGUCAAUCAAUAGCUGCAGUGAUGAAGAGGGACCUGAACAAGAUGAUCUGAUGAUUUCAGAAGAUGUUGGGGCAAGUAUCUUCAAUGGGCAGAAGAAGGUGCUGUACUAUGCGGAUGCCUUGACAGAAAUAGCUUUUGUUGUCCCAUCACCAGUGGAGUCCCUGACUGAUUCUCUGGAAAGCAAUGUCUCUGACCAAGAGAGUGACUCCAACAUGGAUCUGCUGCCAGGAAUAUUAAAGCAGCAGUCUCUGACACUUGAACUCUUCCCCAAUCAUACAGACAAUCUUAAUCCCUCCCAGCGGCUCAGUCCUACUUCCAGAUCCAAGAGGGUGCCUCAGGGCCGGACCAUUCCACCCAUGGGACCUGAAACCAAAGUGUAUGUGGUCUGGGUGGAACGUUAUGAUGAUAUAGAAAAUUUCCCCCUCCCUGAUCUGAUGUCUGAGACAAGCACUGGUGUGGAAACUGCAGCCAAUAGUAGCACUUCCCUAAGAUCUGCCACUCCUGAGAAGGAAGUUCCUGUGAUCUUCAUCCAUCCUUUAAACACUGGCUUAUUCAGGAUAAAACUACAAGGAGCAACUGGGAAAUUCAAUAUGGUCAUCCCCUUGGUGGAUGGGAUGAUAGUCAGUCGGAGAGCUCUUGGUUUUUUAGUGAGGCAAACAGUAAUAAAUAUUUGUCGGAGGAAGAGGCUGGAGAGUGAUUCCUACAACCCCCCCCACGUCCGCCGAAAGCAGAAAAUAGCAGACAUGGUCCACAAGUACCGGAACCGGCAGCUGGAGCCCGAGUUUUAUACCUCACUUUUCCAGGAGGUUGGGCUCAAGAACUGCAACCCCUAGGUCAUUAUCCUUCCAGGACAAUUAGAUCAGAGCUUGGUGGCUACAGUAAUGAAAACAGUUGAAAUAACAACAACAAAUUUCCUCAGCUCUCCGGAAUUCAGGAAAUCACAUUCUAGCACAAGUCAGCAGAUACCGUGUGGGAGGAAUGAGAAAUGGAUCCAGACCAUUGCAGUUGGGAUAUUGACUUCAUUCACCUACCCUCAAAAGAUUACUUACUUCCAGUCUUCCUGGAUGCUAGCUCCAUAUAAUCCCUUCACCCAGUCCCCUAUUCCAGACUAAUUAGGAACUGUGCCUCAUCCUGCGAGAGGGAAACAAUCAAACCAAAGCCAUCUCUGCACAGAAGGAUGGAAAACAGAACAGAAACAAAGCUGCCCUCAGACAUCUGGCUGCACCCCUGUGUUACAGGAGGAGGGAGCAGGAUCUCUCCUUUGAGGAGAGGGUCUGUUUCAGAGCAUUAACCAUCCCUGCAAGAACUUAAAAGACAUUUUCAUCACCCCUGCUCUCAGAGCUCAGCAGAAGAUCCUGCACUGCUUGUAACCAAUUUGUGUACCAAAAGCAAGAGGAGGAGGAGGAGGAGGAUUGCUUGGAAACAUCAGGUCGUGAAAUUCAGUGCCAAGAUGCUGCAUUUUACAGUUUCCUCCAUGGCUGGGAGUGAGUCCAUCUAUGUGUGUGGUUUCUGUCAGGCUAACAACAAACCCCACCUGAAGUUACCUGACUUUCCAACAUAAGUUGUCACUAGAUAAGAGCUCUUGGUUAUAUAAAAACAGGGUUAUGACUUUCAGGUCUGUUGCAAAAUGUCACAUUUAAUUUUAGUAGCUUGGUUUUUAAUUUUUUUUUUAAUGCAACUAGUCAAUUUAUUUUGAAGUCUCUCUCUCACCUACUCACCAUUUCCAUAAAAGGUGUAAAACAUCACUUGCUUUCCUUCCAUUGGUUUGAAAUCUGAGAUUCUGGGGCUGCCUCCUGCCUGACAUUUAUAGCAUAAGCAGUUUUCACAGCUUCUGUAACACUUUUCAGGAGCUCCUGUUAAACAGACUACAACAACUCAGAAAGAAAAUUCAAGAAUUCUUUUUUUCCCUGUUAACUUGCCCUUCCCUGAGAGCCCCUCUAGAGUUAUUACUUCAAUUUGGUUGAAUCCCUGUGCUUUCUUGGUGCCAGGGGUUCCCUUUCACCUGCAUCAGAGCUUUGCAUUUGUGGACUUGACACGUUCAGGCCAUGAAGGAUGUGCUGGGAAAAGAUGUUUACAGCUGCAGGUUAGGAAUAUUGGGAAUACAGAAAAGCUGGAGUGGGCACUGGCAGUGGUCUGGGCUCCCAGCACAGUCCCAGCUCCUCUUGCAGUGCAAAUCAUCACUGGGGCUCCCAGGUUGAUGCAGUUUCUGGUUGCUGGUGGCAGCACAGCUCCUUCCUUUCCCUUCCAGUAAGCAGGAAGUGCAAGAGCAUGAGUGUCAGCAGGAAUUUAGGGAGCUCCUGAUGUUAUUCCAAAUGUGUUCUUAUUAGCUUUUUAAUAUGCAUGGCAGCAACACCUGUCAGCCAUGUGGUUUGGGUAUUUCAGAGCUACUUUUUGCAACAGUUCUGACCUGAAACAGUCUCAAUUGUUUCUGUACACUUUACCUGCCAAGGACAUUCCCUGGUCCUGUCUUUCCGUGGGUCUUUUCACAGACUUAAUGGAAAUACAGGCCCCUGAAUACAGAUGUGAAAGGACUCUCAGGAUGUCAGCCAAAGGGGUGACAUGUGCUUUGCAGGGGAUGAGCACACUGGCCUCUCAACUCAGGAGCUCUGAAUUUUGAUCCAAAUAAAUCACAAGUGGAAAACCAAAACCACAUAAAGAAAACCACAGUAGAAGGCAGCAUGAUGCCUGUCCCAGGCUUCCUGAUCCCCAGGAUGCAAAUGGCAGGAGGAGCUGCAAGGCAGUGUGUGAGUGUGCUGGGCAAGCUGUGAAGGGAACCUUGGGCAGCUUCAGUCCUCUGCCAGACUCUUGCCAGUAUCAAUUUAAUGCACGGACACUAAAUUUACCCACAUUUUGUAUGUACCUAUUGGAUCUAAUCAAUGGCCAGACACACCUUAGUCCACUGAUUUAAAAGGCAUGACCAGUGCAUGUGUAACAAAUAAACAUACUGAGCAAUCAAAAGUCUGCACAUCUUCAGUAACCUAACCACACAACCCAUAUACUGUAGCUAAGUGUGUGUUAUAUGCAAAGUCCUUGGUUUAGACAGGAAUGAGCUGGAAAAGAAACUUCCUUCAGGCAUGCAAGUGCAGUCAGCACCAUGCAGAGGUGUGACCUGGGGGAAACCCUGGGGCUCCAGUCCAUGGAGCAAAGGGGUUUGAGCUAAAUUAUCUUUAAGGUCCCUUUUUUUUUAAAUGCCUCGUGCUUGGCUGAAGAACAGCCUUGGGUCUGUUUCCAUGUUUGUCUUCAGUAUGGUUACAACCCCCAGGGGAGCAGUGACAGCCCUGAAAGCAGUGCCACUGGUCAGAAGUCUGGAGAGAGAGAGAAGGUGCCUCCUGCACCCCUUGGUGUUCCUCACCCCACCAGGGAGCAGGCAGAAGGUGUUUGCCUUGAGCUGCCAAAACCUCCUGGUCACCAGGUUACACUCCUGGGGGGUGACCUGGCUCCAAGGGUUGGGUUUUGCUGUCUGGAAGGGCCAACCUUCAAGAAAGUUGCCAUUUAGUAUAAAAAUGUUGUGAUGACAGAGCUGUGUUGCCAUCCUGUGGGGUUUGGGGCCAUUCCAAGCAGGGAGGGCUCUGGGCAGACCUGUGCUGGUGGAAGGAGCCUGCAGGGAGGGUCCCUCCUUCCCCUGCAUGUGGAGAGAUCUCCAAACUUCAUCAUAAAAUGUAAAACACCAAUUUGGGAAUGAAACCUUUGUGCUAAGUCAGUGGCCAAACUCCACUGGCUUCAGCUUUUCCAGGGUGCUGCCUUGAGGUUUUUUUUCCCCAAAAUGCUCAGAGCAAAUGAGCUUUAUUUCAGUUGUGACUGCAGAAACGUGAUAGUCAAGAAUCCAAAGUUGUGGGAUUUUUUUUAAUCCCAAGCUGCUGUAUUGCUUUUUCCGUUUGACAACUUGAGUGGCUUGGGUUUGAGUUCCCAUCCAUGAGAAGAGAUAAGUGCUGAGCAUUUACUUCAUGGCAUCAGUCAGGGCUCUGCAGAUCACUCAGUGCUGGAAGUUGCAAAUGUUGCCUAGAACUAAACUGAGACUUUCUCUCUUCAAAAGACUUUUCUGUUGGGGCUCAAUUCUUUGAAUCAUGGCAUCAGGGCAGAAAGAGGGUGGGGUCACCUUGUUAAACACAAAAUUGAGAUUACAGAAAUGGUAGUAUCUUGAGAAAGACUCUUCUUUGAAGAAAAGCAUCUUUCUUAAAGGUACUUCCAAAAAAAAAAAAGGCAUUAUAGCUUCACAGCAAUCAGGAGAGGGAAGGACAGUGCCCAUGGAACGUGUGUGUGUGUGCUGGAGCUCUGCUGCCCACAUGUGCUGGGUCUCCAGAGGUGACUGUUCCUGCAUGCCCAGAAAGACAAGAAAGCUAAAUUUAAAAUCUAACAAAUUUGAUGGAAUUCAAUGACUGUGUAAUUGAGUGGGAUCUCCAAAAGCAAACACAGCCUUUUUCCACGUGGAUUUUAGCAGGAGCAAUUAGCAAUGAGAAUGCCAGGUAUCAUGUGCUUCAGAUCAUAGAUGAUUUGUAUGAAUUUCUGUAUGUUGCCAAGACAUGAUCUUUUUGUUCUUCUUGUAUUUUUCUGUAAAUAUUCCUGGCGCUGAGCUGUAAAGUAAAGGCAAAAUGUAAAUAUGAAGAUGUGAACUAUGUUCCCUUGUCUCUAGUACUUUAUCUCUUAUUUGUUUAGGGAAGGCACACAAAGGCUUGUUUGUAUUUAUGCCAAUUCUUUGUCCAGGAGAAACACAUCAAAUAUUGAAUGUAACACAAUUAGUCCAAUAAAUUUUAAAGAUUCUUAUCUAG